AUGGCAGAGUGGGAGAUACCAGACAAGCUGAUAAAGCUAACUGAAAUUUGUGUGACAGAAUCAAACUUUAGAUUGACAGUACAGAGGGAGUUCUCAAAAACAUUUGAGGUAAAAACAGAAGUGAGACAGGGAGAUAUUAUAUCACCUAGCCAGUCCAAUUUGGCACUCAACAACACCCUGAAGAGAGUAAUACCAGAAUAUACAGGAGUUACCAUAGGGAAAAAGAUAAAUGUUCUGGCUUUCACAGAUGAUACUAUGGUGAUACGAAAGAGCAUGGAAGACCUGGAGAAAAUGGGAACUGUACUAGUGGUAAAAGCUAAGAAAGUAAGUCUAAGUAGAAAUGAGAGUAAAACAAAGUUCCUGGUAAUAGGAGGAAGAGAUCUCUUAGGACGUAACCAUCUAUCAAUCAGGAACCUAACAAUACAGAAGACUGAUGUGUUCAUUACCUCAGCGACCAUAUCAACUAAGAAAACCUCAUAG